AUGUCGAGGCCGGUGAUGAUCGUCUUUCUUCUGGUUUUACUGAUAAUCACCUCUCAAUUUGAGUGGAGGCAACCGCUUCUUGAGCUUGAUGCAGCUCCUAGCCUGUCUCGGAAACAUCAGCAAGUUGCAAAGAGGGAAGAAGCUGUCAAAGAGAAGAUCAUCUUGUCACAAGAGAGACAUAUCCAGAGGCUAAGUGACCUUGUACGAAGUCUUCAAAUGCAGUUACUACGAUGCCGAGGAGAGAACGAGACACGAAACGCCACUGAAACGUUCCAUCUCAAUAAACAGUUUAUUGAGCUCGAGAGGAAACACAUUUUGGAAGACUAA